ACCAGCUAUAUAUAGGGCGGCAAGGGGCGCUCCCCUCAGUGGUGUUCGUUCCACUUGUCGCACUCCAUCGUGCCAUGGCAUCCGCGCUCCGGCCCCUCCGCUCCCUCAGCCGCGCCGCGCUGGAGCCCCGCGCCCGCCGCCUGCACCUCAGCGCCGCCCGGGAGGACGCCGUGGUGAUCUCGGGGAGGAAGCUGGCCCGGCAGAUCCGGCAGGAAGCGCGGCACGAGGUGCAGCAGUGGGUGGCUGCCGGCAACCGGAGGCCCCACCUGAGCGUGGUGCUGGUGGGGGAGAACCCGGCCAGCCACUCCUACGUCCUCAACAAAACCAAAGCGGCGGCUGAUGUGGGGAUCAGCAGCGAGACCAUCCUGAGGCCAGCCUCCAUCAGCGAGGAGGAGCUGCUGGAGCUGAUUGCCAGGCUCAACAGUGACACGGCCGUGGACGGGCUGCUGGUGCAGCUUCCCCUGCCUGAGCACAUCGACGAGCGCCGCGUCUGCAACGCCGUGAGCCCGCACAAGGACGUGGACGGGUUCCACGUGCUCAACGUGGGCAGGAUGUGCCUGGACCAGGACUCCAUGCUGCCCGCCACGCCCCGCGGCGUCUGGGAGAUCAUCCAGAGGACAGGGAUCCCCACGCUGGGCAGGAACGUGGUGGUGGCGGGCAGGUCCAAGAACGUGGGCAUGCCCAUCGCCAUGCUGCUGCACACCGACGGCCGCCACGAGCGCCCCGGAGGUGACGCCACGGUGACGAUCUCGCACCGCUACACGCCCAAGGAGCAGCUGAAGCAGCACACCAUCCGUGCUGACAUCGUGGUGGCAGCUGCAGGCAUCCCCAACCUGAUCACGGCCGACAUGGUGAAGGAGGGCGCGGCCGUGAUCGACGUGGGCAUCACCCGCGUGCAGGACCCGCUCACCGCCCAGCCCAGGCUCGUGGGGGACGUGGACUUUGAAGGGGUGCGGAAGAAGGCGAGCUACAUCACGCCGGUGCCCGGCGGCGUGGGGCCCAUGACGGUGGCCAUGCUGAUGAAGAACACCAUCAUCGCUGCCAAGAAGCUGCUGAAGGCCCAGGAGCCCCGGGCUCUGCCUGCCUAGCUGAGCCGGGCUUAGCGAGGGCCCCUCAGAGCCGGGCUUAGCGAGGGGCCCCUCAGAGCCCGGCUUAAUUAGGGGCCCUCGGAGCUGGGCCUGGCCAGGGACCCCUGGAGCUGGCCUUAACGAGGGGUCCCUCGGAGCCAGGCCUAAGCAGGCCCUCGGAGCCAGGCCUAAGCAGGCCCUCGGAGCCAGGCCUAAGCAGGCCCCAGCAGACUGACCCCCGCAGGCCGACAGGAAAUGCAAUAUUUGUUAUUUAUUGUCUUCACGAGGGGCCUUUCCCCACCCUCAGCUCACAGGUAUUUAUUGGCUGAGCUGGGAUUACCCAGACUCAGCUUUGUGCUUGAGCUGGGAUUACCCAGACUCAGCUUUGUUUAUGAGCUGGGAUUAUCCAGACUCAGUUUUAUGUUUGAGCUGGGAUCAUCCACACUCCUGCUUUGUGUUUGAGCUGGGAUCACCCAGACUCAGUUUUUGCUUGGGCUGGGAUCCCCUGCCCGGCUCCCUCAGGGGCUCUCGGGAUCCUGGCACUCCCAGUCCCCUCAGGCUGGAUCUGUAGUUUAAACUCAGUUUAAACUCUUCUUUAGAGGAAUUACUUGAACAAAAAUAUUAAACUAAAGCCAUACUUUAGUCCUGGGCUGGUGGAGCCUGCUCUAGAGUGCAGCUAGGCUGGGCUUUUCUUUGUUUUUGUACUGAUGGUGAAUUUUUUAAACCUCUUCUAGAGUGCAGCUAGGCCGGGCUUUUCUUCCUUUUUGGGUUGAUGUGAAUUUUUUAAACCUCUUCUAGAGUGCAGCUAGGCCGGGCUUUUCUCCCUUUUUGGACUGGGGUGAAUUUUUUAAGGCUUUUUUUGUAACCAAAGAACUCCUGGGCUGGGGGAGCUCUCCUGCCCUGGGUGUGAAGUGUGAGUAGCACAGGCUGGCAGAAUAAAGUGUGAGAAGAGAAAAAAAUUCCCGUUUGUGCCCUGGAGUGAUGACUGGUUUGUAAAAAUUGGAUUUUCUAAUAAUUUAUGAUAUUUAAAUAAUAUGAUCAUUGCACUGGAAA